GAGCCCUUCGAGGUGAGCUCCCUCCACCUCUUGGACACCGUGACGCUGCCCGAGCACAUGUGUGCCUGCAGUGCCGGUUCAGGACGUGCCAGCAGCACUGUCCUUGCUCUGCUGAGUGCAGCUGCCUGGCAUGGUUUCCCCAGGACCCCAGCAAGGGGAAGGCUUUCUCCCCUCUCCCCACCAACCAAACAUGUGCCAGUGCAGCCCACCUGUGCUGUGGGGCUGGAGGAACGCUCCUGCCAGAGCUGGCCAGAUGCUCGGCCCUGGCUCCAAGCAACACCAGCGGCAGCUGCUCUGCUCUUUCCUUCCAGGUCUCUUUGCCUGUGUGGGCUGCGUGCCCAGACGGACGCGUCGCAGGGAGAGCGGCAGGGUGUCAAGUCCUGUCCCUGCCUGUGCCGCGACUUUGCUGCUGCAGCGCCUGCAAGACCAGGAGGGUGUCCGAGCGCAGGUGUACCGUGAGCUGGAGAGCGUCCUGUGUGAAGAUGACAGCCGCCUGCCAUGCGGACUGGUGAACAGGCUGCUGGCAGAGGUGUCCCAGGACCUGACGGCUGCCCAGGACGUGACAGACAACGUGAGGUUGGCUGCCAGCAAUGUCCUGGUGGCUCUGGCCAGGACGCACUUCAGCUUGGUGAUGGCCGAGCUCCAGGGCCACCUCAAGGCUGCGGGGGAGAUGACCAAGGAGUUGGUGCUCAUCACCUUGAGCAAACUGUUCAGCACCUACGCUCCACAGUGCAUCCCCUUUGUGUGGCUGACGCUGGCCAGCCUACGCAGUGUGGUGGACCAGGUGAGGAGCGGCCAGAUGCUGCGCAUCGCUUGUGCUGUUGUGAAGCAAUGGUCAGAUGGAAUCAAGGUUCACUUGUCCUCUGGAAAGCAAUGCCCCUGGCGUGCCGUGGAGAAAGAGCGAAUCUAUGAGAAUCUUCACCAGCUCUUCUUCUCCGUGGUCAGGCACUGGCAGGACAGCAAGGAGGAAGAGGACAAACAGGCUGUCCUUGGGGCUGUGGCUUCCAUGAUGGCUGUCCUCCUGCAAGAGGAGCUGCACAUCUGGAAGCAGUUCCUCUGGCUCAUGCACCCAUGUCAGGAGAUCCAAGACACCUGCAGGGUGGCCAAGAGCCUCACUACCUUCCUGGAGGUCUUAGAGGGAGUUCAGUGUGUCAUCCCCAGGGACAAGUUUCUGGCCAUCACCAGUGCUGUGUUCUACCAGCUCUCUGACGACACCAAGCAGCACAGCGAGGCUGAUAGCGCAGAGCUGACCCACUGCAUCCUGCUGCAGGCCCGAAUGUGUCCAGAGGAAACCAUCCUGUUUCUUCAGUCGCAGCUGGAGAAUGAAUGGGAGCCUGGAUGUGUGGCAGCCCUGGGUCUGCUCGGCGCUCUGGCUCGCUCUGAUGAGCCCGUUGUUACAGAGAAGCUGCCCCUGGCUGCGGAGGCUGUGCAGCGUCUGUGCAGCGACCUCAGGCUCCGGGUGCGGAGGGCCAUUCUGUAUUUCAUCAAGGAUCUCCUCAGUGCUGACACCCGGAGCUGCUCAGCUUGGGAUGUGGUGGGGCACAUCUUCAGAGAGUUCAGCCGCGCCACGGGAAGAAGGGCAGCCGGAGACCUUUCUGCCCAGGAAGCUCAGGAAGAAGGAGCUCUCCAACAGCUGUGCAUGGACAUCCUGGGGUCACUGGAUGUCUCCGUGAGAGGGAUGUCCAAACUCCUGUGGCCGCGGCUGCUGCUCUUUGUGGUGCCAGCCCAAUACACGGGCAUGCUGAUCCCGGUCUCCCGCUGUGUCCAAGCACUGGCUGAGAGAGAGGAACUGACAAGGCGGGAGAUUGAAGAGUUGGAUCCCCAUUUCCUCAGCUCCAUGUUUCGAGGCCCAUGGCUGACUCCCCAGACACUGCUGGUGCGCCUGUUGGUGGUGGCAGGGAGCCCUGUUGCAGGCAGCGAACUGCAAGCCGCUGCCUUAGUGCUCAUGCAAAAGCUCCACAGCAGGAUCCACAGAGCACUGGGGGCCAUGUGGGAUGCAGAGAUCCCCCUGCUGCUGCAGUGUGUCCAAGGGAAAGAAGAGAGCUUCCCAGAUUCUGCAGCGUGGGAGCGCCGACUGCUAAAGUUGCUGAGGGCGUCAGUGGAGACGGUGGAGGACGAGGCUUGGACCAAGGGCCUGAGCUGUGAGCUGAGCCGGUACCUGAGCAGCUCUCCCAGCAGCUCUGGAGAAAAGUCCUUCCUGUACAAGGCUCUGGGGACAGUGCUGGGAGCUUGUAAGGGAGUCCUCCAUAUCCAAGAGAAACUGCUGCAACACCUGCAGGAAGCAAACGCAGAGGAACCAUCUGAGGCCCAGGGAAUGAUCUCUCUUCUCAGCCAUGCUGCUGAGAGCAACUUCCGUGCAGUCUUGGACACGCUCACCAUGUUUUCGUCCAGGCUGUGCAAGGGCCGAAAUUCUAGGAUUUCCAGGCACAAGAAGAUGGAGCUGGACAGCACGAGAGCUCACGCCACACGCAGCGCUCUCGUGCUCGCCCAUGGCAGCUUAGCACUGUGUGCCUCCAAGGAAGAACUGCUCGCCCACGUGGAGGGAGACAUUGUGGGCAACAUCCUGCUGCUCUACAGCUGCAGCUGCCAGGACUUGCAGAACAAGCUCGCGCUGGUGCAGAGCAUCACCAACUUCAGCUCUGCCUUCCACGCUGUGGGUGACUGCUUUAAUCUGUCCUUGAAGGGCAAGCUGCUGGAGAUCCUGAUGGACUUGCUGAAGAGGUAUCACUCAGGCAUCCCUGUCUCCCCAGUGCCCCUCAAGGUGGUUCUGGCCCUGGAGGAGUUGAGCAAGCUGAAGCCCUCGGGAGAAGCAAAGGACAUGUGUGAAAUGUUGGCUCUGUGCUGCAGGAGCAUUGUGACUUACCCUUCAGCAAAGAUGAUGCUGAAGAUCAGGAAGUCACAGCAAGCAGCUCGGUACCUUCAGCUUCUGCAUGCAUCUUUGAAAGCUCUGGGCCGGAUGAUGGCAGCCCUGCUUGAGACAGAGCCCACCCGUGACUUCUUCCAGAACAUAAUCCAUGUCCUGAGGAGACCAAUGACAUCAGGCAACGUGUGGGAGCGCAGGAGGGCCCUGCAGGUCUGCUCCCAGCUGCUGGCUGUAUGUGAAGAGCUUCGAAGAGAAGAUGCCUGCCAGCACUUUGGCUCCCUGGUGGGAUUUCUGGCGCCUCUAACGUGUGACCCCAUGCCCACCUCCCGCCAGUUGGCUGUCACCUGCCUGAGCUCCCUUCUCCGAAUCCAAGCCAAGGUGACCAACAGAGUAGUCGAGAUGGGAGACCCUGGGAGCCUGUGUGAGGGGCUGCACGCCUGCAGCACAGUCGGUCAACUCCGGGCCUCGUGCAAAAUCGCAAGGAUGGUGUGCAGAAACUUCCCCAUGGAACGCACCAUCGACUUCUUGAUGGCCAUCAAGGAGACCUUCCGAAAGGCCAAAGGAAUGCGUGUGCGUGCUGCUGGACAGUGGAUGAUCACCUUUCUGCAGAUGUACAGAAAGGACAUCUGUCGAGACGUGCCACUGAUCCUCUACGUCCUGCGGAGCUGCACAUCAUCCACACAGCAGAGCAUGUUCAUGCCCUUCGUGUGCCAGGCGGUGGUCAUCCUCACCCGCUGUCACACGGAGGUGGCGAUUGACAAUUUCUCCCGGUUGCUUGGGCCCACCGACAGCGAUACAUGGAGGAGAAUCAGAGAGUUUUGUCUGAAAAGGUGGAGGCGGUAGAAGAAAGCGAAGCGAAGCAAAGCAAAUCUGAGAAGGGGAGGGAAGAGAAGAAAAG